GGCGCCCUGUGAAAAAGGAGGGGCGGAGCUCGGCGCGUGCUGCGACGUCAUCACGCGGCGCCCGUGCUCUGCCCGACUUAGUCCAAGUGGGAGACCGUGGAGGUGCUCAGAGACACAUAAUGUCAGUAGUCCGUUCCUCCGUCCAUGCCAGAUGGGUUGUGGGGAAGGUGAUUAGUACAGCAAUGAUAAAAACUGCUAAAGUAAGAGCGACCAGACUCGUAUUGGACCCCUACUUAUUAAAGUACUUUAAUAAGCGGAAAACCUACUUCGCUCACGAUGCCCUCCAGCAGUGCAGCGCUGGGGACAUCGUGCUCCUCAGAGCCUUGCCCGUCCCGCGAUCAAAGCACGUGAAACAUGAGCUGGCCGAGAUCAUCUUCAAGGUCGGCCGGGUCAUCGACCCGGUCACAGGAAAGCCCUGUGCAGGAACCGCCUACCUAGAGAGUCCACUGGACUCAGAAACCGCUCGCCUCAGCCAGACUCUGGAAGGACUCAAGGUCUCCUCAUCCUAGGGAGGAAGGAGCCAAAGGGACUUCCGUGUUUGUCCUGCGGUUUCCGUCACUAACUGUCCAGUUUGUAUUGUGACAUUAAAAGUAGCAAACGAAAUAGUGACACUGUUCCAUACCGGCU